AUGGGAAAUCAGCUCGCAGCAGCCACCGUCGUAAAUGUCUCCGAUGUGACGUCAUCACUAGAACUUAUCGCUCCACUAAGUUGUAUGCACCGCAACUACUUUCGUUCCUUCCGCUGCUCCAAGGAAGCGAGUGCAGCUGUACCCUCCGAUACCCUUCGCUCACUUUACUCAUUUUCUCGUGGUGACAAUCGGGACCAAUCCGCCCUGCACCAUCGUCCGUCCAACCGCGGUGGGAGCACGGAAGUUGUUUUGAAGGUUUUCGUUCGCACACUUUAUAAUGAAGAGGAGCAGAAAGUUGUAGAAUUUUGCUAUAAUCAUUUGUUGAGUAUUGAAAGACGAAUGGCGGGAGCGAAGCCAGCUAACAUGCAAAAUACGGGGUCGUGUGAAACCGCAGCCAGUAACGGUUCUUCCCAUGAUAGCAGCAACUGCGGGGUUGCGACAACCCCGCCCCCGUGCAAUGUGCUUUUCUAUUCGUGUAUGGAAAUACAAAAUGAUAGGUUUUGCAUGCUUCAGCGGCCCUACGUUGCUUUUUCACUCGCUGAGCGCCUUGCCACACGACCAUAUUGGAGCACCGCAAACCGUCUCUUCGCCACCUACCAGUUGUUGCAGGGUACAGUUCAGCUGCACGAAGUAUGGGGAACCGUUCAUGGAGACCUCAAGGUUGACAACAUUCUGGUCAACACCUCUGGCUGGCUUUACAUUACAGAUAUUUGUCCCUUUAACCCCGCACUGCUCCCAGCGAACAAUCCAGCACUCUUCAACUAUUUCUACGAUACAAACGAGUCCCAUAUUUGCUCAUUGGCACCAGAGAAAUUCGUGGAUCAUCCAACCAACGUUAACACAUCGAACCUCAACGCGACUGUUCACACACCUGGUAUGGAUAUUUUCUCGUUGGCGUGUGUCGUGGUGUAUAUAUUCACCGAGGAACCCCUCUUUCGCCUGUCAGAGGUACUCGAACUGCGCUCUCUGCAAACACAACGAGAACGUGAAGAAAUGAUAAACAGUAUUCUGCAGGAGCGGGGUCUUGCACCUAACCUUUGCCGCAUGCUUUCGGAUAUGUUGUGCACCAAUCCAAAUUCUCGCCCAACGUCACGGCAGCUUCUUGAGAGGUACACCCCAACUGUGUUUCCUCCUUAUUUUGAAUACCUCUACCGUGACAUACUACCGGCUCUGCUGCCGCGACCACCAGAACAUCAGGUACAACUGCUGUGGUCUCGGCUGGAUGACAUUUUUGCUGAAGUGGAGUGCCGUGGCAGUUUCAAUAGCGGUGGUGGUAGUGGCCACAACGGUGAAGCUGAUGACGGUGAAUUUCCUCCACUGGUGCCGUCAAGUGACGCCAAAAAGGUUACUGUGCUAGUGCUUAUUCCAAUAAUUCUUAAUGCAGGUCUACACCUCAUGGCGUCAGAAACAUGUUGUCGUGUUGUCUCCAUCGUUCAGCGGAUACUGCCGCAUUGUACGUUGGAAGUUCAAGCGGACGUAAUUCUUCCAUACAUGCUGCGUUUUUUGAGGACAGAAACGUUGCCUGUUGUGGCCCGCGUUCUCGCACUUCGUACGCUGUCUACGAUCUGUCAUAACAUUCCCUUCUCCACAGGCGAGGCAACUGUCUUCGAUGACCUUAUCCUUCCGUGCGUGGAGGACCUCGUGGCGAAAGCAGACACUCAGAACGUUACACUUUUAUUGGAAGUGGCUGCUCAACUGCCAUCGUUAUUUUUGAUGGCACGGUCUUUUAUGGAGCAGCAGCAGGCUCUUGUUACAUCAAAUGAACGACAAAGCACGUAUGGGGAGCAACUGAACAGGUUGCUUGAGCGCGGCUGGGAUGCUCUGCGGACACUUUACAAGCACAAUCAUUCGGCUGUUGUCAUUGCCGCACUUCAGCGUAGUGUGGACGUGGUAAAGUUUCUGGGUGAAGAGAGGACACAGCAUGAUUUUAUUCCGUUCCUCACUACAGCUAUUGCCUCCACCAUUGAUGUCCAAAGGGAAUUAUAUCCACAGGCUAUAUUGUGUCAUACAAACCUACAACGACCUCCACUAAAGACGCUGCGUUUUUUUGUGGAGGAAGCGUUGAGACGGACUGAUGCGAUUAUUCUUCGGCGUGCUAUCGAAAGUGUAUCUGUCGUGGCUUCGAGCAAAUUAGUUGAUGUGAGUGAUGUCAUGUCACUUGCGGAAUGCGUGCUUCCUCAUAUAUUGGACAAAGAUAAGUGGGUGAGCCUUGCUGCGCGUCAGCUAGUGGAGGUGGUCGCUCAAACUUACCGCAUGAGUGACGUGUGCACGAGACUGCCAAGCACCCUGAUACCGUUAUUACGAUAUAAGGUACCCUUUUCAACUCUUACAUCUCUUCCAGAGGAACUGGUGAAUGAAAUAUCACAACGACCAUCUUUUUCCUUGAGGCAUCGGGACGAGCGACCGACGGUUCGGGUUGUCGGCGGCGAUUCGAAACUGUCUCGGCGUUUCAUGAACGGUUCACGCAGUAGCGACAAUAGCAUCACUGAAAGGAAUGUGAUCAACGGUGGUGCGGGUGGUUUUGUCCAGUGUCAGUCAAAUUAUAUCCUACAACAUGGGACAACGAAACGUUUCCCGCCAAACUUUCCCUUACGUGCGGCGUUUUUUGAUGUAACGUUUGACCCUAGUGUGAGGGCCGGCACCCCUUCGGCACUGGACGCAGCCGCAGUUCACGACAGCAGUGACGCCACGGCAGCCUACGCGUGGGGGUUGACUUUCAAACCAACUCAUCGUGAGAAAAAGCGGCUUUUACUUCGUCAGCAAACGUACACGAAUCGUGUUGACAGUAACGGUGAUAUCGUUGGCGGCGCACUCUUUACUUCCACUACUGAGAGCACAACUGGAAGAAGACCGUGGUUACUAGGUCCUCCGACUGGAUCCCUGAGUGUCCAACCGUCCCCUGCUUUGUACCCCGGUGUGACUUGGGCUGAUAAGGAACUAAAACCUAUCGCUGCUCCGUACUUCACGCGACGGGCCCAUAGUGGCGCCAUCUAUAGUUCCGCCACAGUAGGGAGUGGAACACUGGUGACCGCGGGUGGAAAAGGUGAGGCGUUGCUCUGGUCUGUUACUGCUACGGGCGUAAACCUCUCCUCACGCCUUAAUGUUGGUGACGCCUCUAGCAAAAAUACGUUUCUUUUCGUACACUUUGCUCGAGGCGGUGUUAGCCCGUUGUUGUGCAUCGGAGGCACAGACGGCACGUGGCAGCUCUGUGACAUAGCGAGCAAUAAAGUCGUGCAAGAGCGCAAACUUGACGGCAGCCCUUUGACAGCAGCAUGCGCACUUAGCGAAGACGUGAUGCUCGUAUCAAGUGCACUGGGAGGACUGUUUGCUAUGGACUAUAGAGCGGGUCGAGAGGUGUGGAAGAGUGGCAGCAUAUUACCGGUGGAGUUCGGUACAAUAAGCGGAGUGUACCCACUUUGCAGUGAGUGCCGAGCCUACGGCGCCGCGGUUACGACCAUGGGGGGAGGUGUUGCCUUGUUCGACCUCCGCUUUGAGUUGCUUCUGCAAAAACACUGGUUACACGGUGCACCUAUACAAGGUAGUCGUUCGAUUGAUAAUCCCUAUGCUAUUUUGUGUGUCAGCCCCGAUGCCGCCUGUAAGCCCGUACAUCAAUUAAAUGAACACCCUGGGCUUUUGCUGGGAACUCGCUCAGGAAUGGUCUAUCACAUGGAUCUUAUAUCCGGUAGGUCGUGUGUGAGCCUCCGCCCUGCCACGCCCAACAAUCCAACACGAGCUAUGCUCCUUCAGCCGAGACACCGUCUCCUUUUCACUGCUGGAGAUGAUAUGCAGAUUCGAAGGUGGUGCCUUUCCAACUCCGCGCUGUCGUCGACUGUUGUCUUCCCCCCAUACAACUCGUAUGCGUAUGCAAGAAGGACUAGCGGGUCUACAAUGGAAGUUAGGCCAUCAUCGAAGUCUUCUAACGGACAGUUAGCUCCAACUGCUGCUGGCGCAACCACUGCGGUUAGCGCACCGCUGGUCCGACCUGUUGUACCCCAACAUCAUAGUGACGCUAUUCUUACACUCUGUGGAGUCAGUGUGAGUGGUGGGGACGAGACCUACUUGGUGUCGGGAUCCCGGGACGGGCAGUUGACACUGUGGUUCAACGCUGAGUAA